AUUUUUUUUUAAAUCUGUAGAAAAUAUAAAAUGCCAUCUUCAAGAAGAAAACCUGUAGAUGAAGCAAGAAAUCGACUAAAUGAAAAGCUGACAGAUAUACGUAACAAAACUCAGCAGUUACAUGAUGUGAUCAAUAACAUUUCAAAAGAUGCUAUAGUCAAUGCUGAGAGAGUUUUAAAAGAAUCCAGUAAAAGCAAAUUUUUGCACAAGUAUGCAAAAGUCAGCCAAGAAUUGGAAUCAUGUUUGAAUCACUUACUUCUUCUUUCGGAUGCUGCAGCCUCCAUCGAGGAAGAAUCUGAUAAUGAAGAUGAAUCUGGCAAUGAUGAUAAAGAAACAGACAAAGAUUUAGAUUCUGAAAGUUGUGUCAGUGCAGCACUCAGUGUAUCAACUGUACAUGAAACCGAACCGUGCAAAAGUAAAGAGUCAACUAUCAUUGAAGAAACCAUUCAGUCCGAAUCUACUGGGUUGGUUUCCAUCAGCGGCAAAGGCUCUCCUUUAAUACAACGCCAGGAAUCACAAGAAAGUCUUUUUUCUUCAGUUUCGAUGACAACAACUCCAGAAAAUUCCACUCCCUUUGAGUAUCCUAUCCUGUCAAAAGAUGUUAUUGUUCAAUCGUUUAAAUGGGAAUCAGAUUUUGUUUAUCCUGUGCUUGUAACAAAUUUUCAAUCACCUUGGGAGUUCUAUGUUCAACUAGUUGACUCAGAAAAUGAUAUUAUGGAGCAGCUCUGCAUGAAGUUUAUGAAGGAAGCUACCAAAGGCUAUAAAGGUGGUAUUGGUGAAAUACCUUCAGUUGGUUUGUUUUGUUGUGCUAAGUCACCUGUUGAUGAAGCGUGGUAUAGAGCAAAGAUUGUAGAAGUUUUACAUGAUCUAAGUACACGCAAUACCAGCAAUUUUAUCAAGGUGCAUUUCAUCGAUGAAGGUUAUGACACAUUUGUUAGUUUGUCUGCGAUAAGACCAUUGGAAAAAAAGUAUUCAAAUUUGCCUAGUCAGUCUGUUAAAUGUAUCCUGGGUGGACUACAGCCUUUGUCAGCAUUAGGAGAGACAAAGUCUUUAAGCUUCAGUGAAUGUAACAAAAUGUGGUUAGCAGAAACCAACAAUUGGUUUAAACAUAUUAUUUCCACGAACAGUAUAUUUGCAGCAUACUUCUACUAUCCACCCAAAGCUUCAUACGAUCCUCCACACAAUCUUUCAAAAGAUGUACUGGUAUGCGAUUUAUACAUACACAAUGCUGACGCUAAUUUAAAAUGGCGGAAUCUUAGUUACAAUCGACCGCCGAUAGAACUUCAUGUAGGAUUUAAAAUGAUUUUAAAUUUUUUGGCUGCUUAUUGUCCAUUUUUCAACUCAGAAUUAACCAGAAAAAAAUCUCAACGUGCUUUACAACUGGCUAGAGAUGAAAAAGAGAACAAAUUUGUCUCAGAAAAAGAGCCACUUGAAUUGGCAAAAGUUGCCAAUGCACCAAUUAUUAAAAAAGAACCUAUGUCACCUUUACAACAAGCAGUUUCUUCAAAUGGACCGGAUGUAAGAAUGAAGACUGCAAACAAAACUACAGUAAAAACUAAAGGACUGCUUUUUAAGGACACACAAAAGAAAGAGGAAAGACCAUGUAAAAAAGAAACAGCCUUAUUAGAAGAAAGACCCCCUAAGGAAGAAAAAUCACCGAAGAAAGAAAGGCCACCCAGAGGAAAAACAUCACCCAGAGAUAAAAGUUUACCUAAAGAAAAAAGACUACUCAAAAAAGAAAGAUCGCCUAGAGAGAAAACACCACCCAAGGAAAAAGAAAAGCCACCAGGAGUUUCACCUAAAAAUGGAGAAAAACUAUUUAGAGAGGAAACUUCAUUAAGAAAUUUGCCUGUAAAAUCUGAAAAUUAUUCAUCAGGAGAAGUAAAAACCAAAACAAACGAAGUUAAAUGUUUACACAGUGAAAAUCAAGCAACUGGAAGUGACACUAGAGAUAAUUAUGACGCAAAUACAAAAUUUACUGAUCCAAUAAACCAAAAGAAAGAUGAUGCUAUUAAAAAGACCUAUGAUUUUGGUGUUUCAUUUCAAGAAACAGAGUUCGUUAUCAAUGAUCCAGAAGGUUUUGCUAAAAUUUUGAUAUCUGAGGUGGUGGAUCCUGGUCUAUUUUACAUUCAUCUCAUCCAACCAGAAGUUGUUUUACUGGAUAAAAUGAUGAACGAAUUAAAUAUGUUCUAUGACAAGAAAGAAGCAUCAUUAAGAGAAGCAUGCAGUGAUGUCACUUACAGUGUGGGUAUGUGUGUUGUGGCGAGGUUUUCGGUAGACAACCGAUGGUAUAGAGGGAUCAUUGUUUCAACAAAUCCUGACAAACACAUUGAAUAUAACGUGUUGCAUGUUGAUUUUGGAAGUAGCGAGUGGGUAACCGUUGAGAAACUGUUACCAGUUUACAAAGUAUUUUGUGAAUUGCCCAUGGAAACAAUACCAUGCUGUUUGGCAGAUGUUGAGCCUCUUUUAGUUACUACGCAACAACCUAUCGUUCGCGCAGCUGGUGAUGAAAGCGAGGAUGACAUGCUUCUCGAUGACGUCAAGCCUUUACAUUCAAAAUGGAGUGAACGUUCCAUAGGCAAACUGAAGAUUCUUGCGCAAAACCAGCUUCCUUUAAUGGCUUCACUGAAGACUGAGUGUAAAAACUCUGAUGGUUUGUACGAGAUUUACUUGUACGACACAAUGUUUGAUAAAGAUGAGUUUAUAAACCAGGCAUUGGUUGAUGAAGGCCUUGUUUAUUCAAAGGAAUUCGACAAGACAGUUCCGUCCGUACGACUAUCCGAACUAGAGCUAGAGAAUGAAGCGACAGAAAUUGAUGCGCUGUCACAAUGGGAUCCGAUGAAAGAACAGUACCUGUCAAAGAGAAAUGCUUACUCAGUAAACAUUGAUGAUCCUAGUGUCGCCAUGUUGGGAUACGUUGAUAAUCGAAAGGAGAGAUGUUUUACCUUUUUCCGUCGAGGAUAUUGUUAUCGUGGAGAAGAUUGUCGCUACUUGCAUGUUGAUCCAAACGACCCAGUAGCGAACAGAGUCGAAGUAUACUGUGAUGACAGUGUAACAGAACUUCCAGAAAUUGGAGACUGGGUUCCAAUCACUGUAACAGCGUUAUUUGACCCAACUCACUUUUGGGUAAAUUUUCCCUACGGAUUGAGCGUAUUUUCACUUGGAGCCUCUGCGAGGACGCGCCAUAACACUGAUGAUGACAAUGAUUUGGAAAGGCUGGUAGACAAAAUGAAUGACCACUAUUCACGCACAAGUAAAGACCAUACAACAGAUUUAACAAUACUCGCUGAGGGAGAAUUGGUAGCUGCCAGGUAUCAGGAUGAUAACAGAUGGUACAGAGCUCGAGUUAUCAGUACAGCUGAGGAUCUUACCCAGGUGUUCUACAUCGAUUAUGGUAACACUGAUGUAGUAUCAGAAGAGAACGUGAGGAAACUACUGCCGGACUUUCUUCAUCUUCCACAGCAGGCUGUGGAGUGUUUUCUUAAUGCAACGGAAUUCGAGCCACUCGUGAAAGAAGACCAACUCAAAUAUGACAAUUUGAGAAAUAAAUUUCGUGACCUUACAGCAGAUAAAGUUUUGGUGGCGCAUGUUAUCAACAGAACGAUAAGUAAAAGCAUGCUGAUCGAACUGUACGACACAUCUAUUGAACCAAAUGCACACAUCAAUAGUAUUGUUCGAGAUUGGGAUGGUAUUAUACAUAAAAAAGAAACGAAACAUGAAUAUAAUCAAACUGGAAAGAUAGUAAAGAAAAACUUGAUGCAGUACAUUCCUGGAUAGAACGACUCGUCGUUUGCAUGUAUUAGUCAGAACUUACUAAAACAAGUCAUAAUGUAUUUUUGUGUUUUGUUGAGUUGUAUUUGGAUUAUAUAGGCCAUUUUUUUAAGUGAGAGACGGAUAGUACAUAUAUAUAUUUUUGUAUAAUAGUCUUUUUAUAAAUAGAGUUGUAUUUAGUUUUACAAAAACGAUAUUACAAAGA